AAAAGGGUAAAGUAUCAUCCUGGUCAAAUGGUUUAGGUGUUAUUUUGGCCAAACUCCAGUGGGAAGUGUGUAAAAAACAUAGGAAAAGUUUCAGUGUAUUUGACAGGAUGGCGGAGUCCUUGCCUUUUUCCUCGCGCUGUCUCGGCCAAAAUCAAUUUUCCCCGCUGGUAAAGCGCAUAAAACGGUGUCUGGGGAUGCUCCACGAGCCAGUUGAAUGUUGAGUGAGACAGUGCAAAGGCGAGAAUGGCCAAAAGAUCGCGGAAUUGGUGUGCAAAGUGAAUCCUUUCGGAAGUGCUCCUUCAGAACCUCGCCCUUCAUUUUCUCCCCAUCAUUUAAAUGCCAAUGGAUAUCUUGUGAAAAAAAGUGCGCGAGAAUGUCUGAGUACUGGCUGAUAUCGGCUCCUGGCGACAAGACCUGCCAGCAGACGUGGGAGACGAUGAACAAUGUGACGAGCAAGCAGGGAAAUUUGUGCGAUAACUACAAGAUGCACAUUCCUGAUCUUAAAGUGGGCACUUUGGAUCAGCUGGUGGGCUUGUCUGAUGAUCUGGGCAAGUUGGACACCUACGUGGAGUCCAUUACGCGCAAAGUUGCUGCGUAUUUGGGUGAAGUGCUAGAGGAUCAACGUGACAAGCUCCAGGAGAACUUGCUGGCCAACAACACUGAUCUUCCAUCGUACAUUACCCGCUUUCAGUGGGACAUGGCUAAGUAUCCCAUAAAGCAAUCGCUGAGAAAUAUCGCUGACAUCAUUUCGAAGCAAGUUGGUCAGAUUGAUGCUGACCUAAAGGUCAAGUCCUCCGCCUAUAACAGCCUCAAGGGGAAUUUGCAAAAUCUGGAAAAGAAGCAAACCGGAAGCCUCUUGACGCGCAAUUUGGCAGAUAUCGUAAAGAGGGAGCACUUCAUCCUGGAUUCUGAGUAUCUCACCACGCUCCUUGUGAUUGUGCCCAAGGCUCUGGUUCAUGACUGGAAUGGUCACUACGAGAAGCUAACGGACAUGAUUGUGCCGCGAUCCACGCAGUGCAUUACGCAAGAUCAAGAUUUUGCACUGUACACGGUGACGCUAUUCAAGAAGGUCGUGGAUGAGUUUAAGUUGCACGCACGUGAAAAGAAAUUCGUGGUGCGUGAGUUCACGUACAACGAAGAGCAAUUGGCAGCUGGUAAGAAUGAAAUCACCAAAUUGGUGACGGAUAAGAAGAAGCAAUUUGGGCCAUUGGUGAGAUGGCUCAAAGUGAACUUCAGCGAGUGCUUCUGUGCCUGGAUUCACGUAAAGGCACUGCGUGUAUUCGUGGAGUCUGUGCUCAGAUAUGGGCUACCCGUCAACUUCCAGGCCAUCCUCAUUCAUCCGCACAAGAAGAGCACCAAGAGACUCCGCGACGUCCUCAAUCAACUCUACGGGCACUUGGAUGGCUCAGCUGCAUCGGCAGCCAGCAACACUGCCGACACCGUUGAUAUUCCUGGCCUGGGUUUCGGCCAGUCCGAAUACUAUCCGUAUGUUUACUACAAACUGAAUAUCGACAUGGUGGAGUCGAAAAUGUAAGCUGCAGCCUCCGGAAGUUCAACCGAAUGAGUAUAAAACAUUAAUACAAUAAUAUUUGAGGGCCAUUUGUAGACGAAAAAAAAAUUCUAGAUGAUUUUUUCUCCCCAUUUUUUUCUUUACAUUUUUUCUAAUUUCUAUCAAAAAAUAAAAAGAAAAUCCGAAAAUAUCGGUCGUUGAUUUUAUCGGCAUCAAUCAGUAUUUGAUAAGCUAAGUGAAAAAAAAUUAUGUAAAAAAAUCAGCUAAAAUUCGAAACAUUGUAAAUAUUGUGUAACAAAUUCCGUUUGUUAUUUUCUUUGAACAUCCCUUUUCCAUUUGGUUUUUGAGUUAGUUGUUUUUUGAGGUGAUUCCCUCGUCUUUCAAAGCAUGGUGGCGAUUGCAAUUCAUUCAAUUUUUAGCGUCAAUGUUAGUGAAAAAUGAAACAUUUUAAACAAAUACAAAUUUAAAUGUAUUUAAAAAAAAUGCAAGUUUAUGUGAAGCGUUACUAUUUUUUGUUUGAUCUUUUUCUUGGAUGAUGAAGAAGAAAAACCCGUUGAAAGAGCUCCAUAAAGCUCACAAGGAUAGUGUGUAAAAAAUAUAUAUUGAAAGAGAAAUCUGUUGAAAAAUUAUUGUAAAUAAAAAAUAGAGAAAACAUUCCAACAA